AUGUUAGGUGUCACCUAUGAAGUUCUCGAGGAUUUGCUCUCCGGAGAGGACCCUGGUGAUGUAAUUUUAUUUCCACCGAACGAUGGGGCGGUGACAGACGAAGACAGUAGAGAUGAAAACGAUGCUGACAUUCUGCAUCUUCCUAGUCGCAUGCUUCGGUCACAAGUAGAGCGACAAAGCAGACGUUCUGUUUCUGGGGGAAACCAAGAGAUAGAAGAGGACAAUGUACCAGCUCCAGCACCGAAAAAAAAGAAAAAAGAAAACACAGUUAGCAAAUGGUACACCAGCACUUCUUUUACUACUUGUGGAAAAGGGGACUGUGAUGAAGAAGUCUUUACAAACUUUCAGCAAGACGUGACUGCCAUUGAGUGCUUCGAACUGCUGUAUAGUGACGAAAUUGUUCAAUUUAUUGCAGAUAUGAGCAAUUUGUACGCUUUGCAGAGAAAUCACACCCUAAAUGUUGCAACUCAAGAAAUUAGAGUGUACAUUGCAAUAUUGCUUCUGACAGGAUACUUGACACCAAAGUAUAUGAGGAUGUUCUGGGAAGUAAAAAGUGACACCCACAACGAGCUUGUAGCUUCCAGCAUGAGACGAAAUAGAUUUUUCGAAAUUCAGCAAUUUGUUCAUCUCUGUGAUAGUACGACUUUAUCGCCCAACGAUAAAUUUGCUAAAGUGCGCGAGUAUUUUACGAAACUGAACACAAACUUCAAAGCUCAUUUCGAAAAGGCUGGUUCUUCACAUAUAUCUAUUGAUGAGACUAUAGUGCCAUACUUCGGCAGACACGGUACAAAACAAGCACAUCCACGGAAAACCAAUAAGGUUUGGUUACAAGCUUUGGUCAGCAGCAACUCGCCAUGGAUACUUAGUAAGUUGUGA